UUAAUCAUGCAGUUAAGGGUUAAUUAACCCUCCAUGGUAACUCCCCCAAUAGGAUGGGCCAUCCGCUCGUGUAAUAGCUAACCACGCCCAGUUACGGGUUGGGCCGUGGGCGGAGUCACAUGACAUAUGCAAAUGAGGCGUUUCCUCGGCAGUAAUGACGUUAUAGCGGAAGUUUUAGUGUUUAGUGGUUUUAGCGAGGAGAAGUUGUUAGUGGGGGAAGAGCGGUCAGUAUGGGGGGAUCGUCCAGCCAGCUGUCCAAGCAGCUCCUCAACGAGUACCAGGAGCUGACGUACCUGACAAAACAGGAGAUCCUGCUUGCUUAUAAAAGAUUCAGUGAAAUAAUUCAGAAAGAACACAGAAGCAACAUUGAAUCUGUCAGAGUCCCCAGGGAGAGGUUUCUCACUUUGCCUGAACUAAAGGCAAACCCCUUUAAGCAACGGAUUUGCCAUGUCUUCUCCACUUCAGAACAAGGUGAUGGCAGCAUGUCCUUUGAAGAUUUCCUUGACAUGCUAAGUGCUUUCAGUGACUCUGCGACACUUGAAGUUAAGUCUCAUUACGCCUUCAGAAUCUUUGACUUUGAUGGAGACGGUGCUCUAAAUGAGAGAGAUUUGGAGACACUUGUGAAUCAUUUGACAGGGGAAGAGGAAGACUCGAAACUGAGUAACAAUGAGAUGCGGCAGCUUAUUGAAAAUAUCCUUGAAGAGUCCGAUAUUGAUAAGGACGGCACAAUAAACCAUUCUGAAUUCCAACAUGUCAUCUCCAGGUCCCCUGACUUUGUCAGCUCCUUCAAAAUUAUCCUAUGAAUGUUGCUGCAGCCUGUUUACAUAGAGGGCGACAAUUUUACUCCUGCAAUGAACCUGUCAACUGUGAUUACAUCUUGAAGAACCAGUCUGUGUCUUAGAACAAGUGUAGAAACCCCUCCGGUAUCAGCUGCCUAAAAAUGAAUCAGGUUGACUGAUGAUAUUGCACAUAACUACUCUUGGUACAAACCCUUCAUUGGUAAUGCCUGUUUACAUGUGUAGAUGCCUAUACUCUGACCAUGUGUUUGCAGAAGAACAGACCAUGAUCCAUUUCUAUAGAGACUUAAAUCUUCAGAGUCCCAGAUCAAAAUAGGGAGAGAAUCCUUGGUCUCCUCAUUCUCCCCGGCACAUGUCCUUUCUUUUAGUAAAACAUUUUAACAUGACCCUUUUUCUAUAUUCCUAGGUCUAUGUAGGGUGUCUGUCACCUUUUGCUUAGUGAUUAGAAAUGUUUAUCAAUGUUUUUUUCAACGUAUGUCACUAUGACUAUGCAAAUGCCAGUUUUCCUGGAAAAUUCAGGUGUUAACAUUUCAGUUUUAUAUUGAUUUAAGAACAUAUUUAAUAUUAAUGUUUUUGUGUGUGUUACACUGUACAACUUACCGCUUUAGAAAAAUUCCCUUUUAACUGCGAGUUAGACUUAGUCCACACUGUGUUUAGUCAGUACAUUGUAGCAUUAGGCUGGCACCCUGUCAGAAAGACAUGCCAACGUAUACUGUGGUGCACGGGCAGCGGGUCCAUUCAGUUUAGUAGUCUGAAGAUAACCUACUAGUGACCUAUGUUCGGUCCAUUUCCCACAUACAUAUGUUCAGUAGGACUAACAUAGUCUUCUGCUUGUAGCUGAUCAAUAUUAUUGGUGUAAAAACACCUGAUACCAAAAGAAAGAGAAAAACAUAAUACUGAUAAAGACUUUCCAGAAUCUACCGUAAUUAUUAGUUAAAGGUUGAUUGAUUUGAUUUUUUUUUUUUUUUUUUUGCUUUAAGUGUAAUAUUUAUCUUAAAUGACUACUGUUUAAUCCUGAUCUUCCUUUUAAAAAUACUUUUUUUUUUUCAAAUGAUUUAAUACUAGUUUCAUAAAUAUUGAAUAUCAAAUGACAAAAUGAGCACAAAUGUUAAAUAUGCAAUAAAUGUGAACUCUUCUUUUGA